AUGGAUCCGAACAUCGAAUUUGCCGAUAAAUUCCAUACCGCUCUGCAAGGGAGCGCCAGCCAACGAGCGUCAAUAAUCCACCAAUACGCCAGAGCGGUGGAAGAUGCUGGAAUCAACAGCAUUCUCCGGGCGCGGGUAAUUUGGCGGGUCAAUCAAAGGUACCAAAUAGUGUCUCCUGACCAGCUCCCGGCGCUGUGCGGUCUCGCUUCAGCGGCAGAGAGCUUGACAGAUGACGGGCGUCGGAAACAGCGCGACUACUUGACCCUCGUCGGCUUCUGGUCCCUUAACCGCCUCGAAUACUAUGGGUUUCACGAAUGCUCAGAGCGGGCUCUCCGCUUUUGGGUGAAAUUGGCCUUCCAACAUGUCCGUUGGGAAGCAUGCAUAGAUGCUGUGAACCUCGCCUUGAUCUCCCGACACGAAAGAAGCUUAAGAGAUCCAAAGACAAACCGGCUAGGUGUCUGGCGCCCUCAAGCAAAGGCCACAAGACUACCUGCCGAGUUGCAGGAUGUGAAAGCAGCAUGCAGUGGCCUCUUGGAAGGGGAUAGAGAAGCAUUGCAGUCACUCCAAGAAGCGUGGCUUAACCCUUGCAAUUGCCUACUCGAGCGCAUCAAGUCAUGGGGCCACGACCCACGAUUCUAUACGGUUUCCCUAGACAGGUACGGAAUGUUAACAUCCGACCUGGGUAAGAAGGCCGUCCCGACUGCCGCGACAACCCCGACUGGACGUGAUAGUUGGGACGAUGGGAGGCGGGCAACUAGUGUACCCGUCGCGGCGGACUUCCAACCUAUGGAUAUCACUCCGGCUGGACGCUUCCGGUGCGAAAGACAAGUGAGCCCCGGCGUACAAGUCCGGUCAGGCAUCUCGACUCCGGAUACUUCACCUAUUGUACCACAGCUGCCAUUUGAGCAUGAUCCUCGUGGUGAAAGUGUUCAGCCAUCCGGUACCUCUCACAAUGAAAGCAAUCGUGUUCUGCCAUGUAAGGUGUGUGAGGGCGAAUGCCUGUUGGCCUCCUCUCCCAACAACAAUCCCGAGGAAUGUGAGAUAGCACACAAGGUGGCAGCUCUACAGCUGCAGCACGGCUCCAGUCAAAGACUACCCUGGACGCAGUCUAAAAUCCAGUUUGCCCGGACGUCAUCGGAUCUCGAUGCAUGCGAGGCUGGGACAACCAUUCCCGAAGUAUCGGACGACGUGUUCUGCUCUUGGGCCAAGCACGGCAAACCACCACCGGCCGUUGUAAUCGUUAGAGCGUCUCACCAGGACAUGCUAGACUGCCAAGAGUACGCCUCCCUCGUCUGUCGUAGGCAUGCGAACCUGGGAAUCAACUUGUCGGUGCGGCAGGGCGAUUUUGCGAAGCCGGGAAACGCCAGCGUGGAAGAUUUCUUGGGCGUCCUCUCUGGCAACCAAGUACCAAGCGAGCCAUUGACCUUCCUUAGGUUGGAAGGAAUAUCGAGCCUACCAAAACCGGCAUUCCUCCAGCUGGAACGAUUCAAGCUCUUGCAGACUCUGACAGACAGGCGCAGUUACGCAGCAGCUCGCAAGCCUGGUGACUCAUGCUGUAAGACAUUCUGUGACGUUCAGAAAGCGCUCGCCUACGGCCAAUUCACCUCAGCUGGAGCGUACGCUAGUGCGCACGUGGAUGUGCUUGGUGGUACAUGGCUGCGAGUGCUUUUCGGGGCCCACGUCAUAUGGGUCGUCCCUCCCAGUUCGAUGACUGAUGAUGGCUAUGAUGGUUGGAGUGAGUUUGCAGCAUAUGGCUCCUCUUGGAAUCCAGGCAGCAAGGCCCAAGCCAUUGUUCUGAAAGCAGGAGAUGUCCUCUUCCUAGGACCUCGGGUCGUCCAUGGUGGAAUGACAAUAGAAAAUUCCGCAGUGGAUGGCGGCGCGGUCUGGGACGACAGGAAUCUUUUGAACAUCCUGAGUUCAUUGGUCGCGCAGGUGGAGCACCCGAUCACCACGGAUGGCCCUUUUCCUCUGCAGUUGCCCGAAAUUGUUGAUGAGCUGGAGACCGUGCUAGGCCUUUACGUACCUUCAGCCUCGAAACGAAAGGCAGUAUCGGAGAGAAUCUUGGCAUUGCAUCUAUCUGGCUGCCAGUGCCUCUCAUCGUGCGAUCAAGAUUGUCCUUGCAGAAGCACAGGCAGUCCUUGCACUCCGUGGUGUGGACGCAUUGUCAAGGCAAUCUUUGGAGCGGCUUGA